UACCCGGUGUGGUACGGUUUUUUUUCCUGAACGGUACGGGUUGAAUACGGCUCACGGACUUUAACCUAUCCUCAAACCGGAAGUAGGAAGUGAGUAGGAGAUUGAGGAAGUUUUUAGAUAAUUUUUCCAAUAAGAUUGUUUUAGGUGAUCAUGUGGAAGGCACAAGCUGGAGUGAAGGUAACAUCGCCAUCACAAGAUGUUGAUGAUGAUGAUUGGGAAACUGAGGCUGAUUUCGAGAAUGACGUAAGUGAACAAGAGCAAAGAUGGGGAGCAAAAACAGUUGAAGGAUCAGGUCACCAGGCUUCAAUAAAGCUAGAUCAGUUGAGACAAAAUGUCCAGCAAGAUUAUCAGAAGGUGAAGACAGAGGAACUGGAAAGUGGACCAAAAGCUUCAUAUGGGUAUGGUGGCAAGUUUGGAGUACAGCAAGACAGGAUGGACAAGUCAGCUGUAGGCAGUGAUUAUCAAGCUGACCUGGCUAAACAUGCUAGUCAAACUGAUGCAGCUAAAGGAUUUGGUGGCAAAUAUGGAGUUCAGGCUGAUAGAAAAGAUAAGGCAGCUGUUGGAUUUGAUUAUGAAGGAAAAACAGAUAAACAUGCCUCCCAGAAAGAUUACUCAACUGGUUUUGGGGGAAAGUAUGGUGUACAGAAAGACAGAAAAGACAAAUCAGCUGUAGGGUACGACCACCAAGAAAAACUUGAAAAACAUGAAUCACAAAAAGAUUAUUCAAAGGGUUUUGGAGGUAAAUAUGGAGUACAGAAAGAGAGUAUGGACAAGUCAGCUGUUGGCUGGGACCACCAGGAAAAAAUGGCUCAACAUGAGUCACAGAAAGACUAUUCCAAGGGUUUUGGCGGGAAGUUUGGUGUACAAACUGAUAGGAAAGAUAAAUCUGCCGUGGGCUGGGACCAUCAGGAGAAAUUAGAACAGCACGAAUCACAAAAAGAUUAUUCUAAGGGUUUUGGUGGAAAGUAUGGGGUACAAACUGACAGAAAAGAUCAGUCUGCAGUAGGAUAUGAACACCAAGAAAAACUUGAAAAACAUGAAAGCCAAAAAGAUUAUUCUAAGGGUUUUGGAGGGAAGUAUGGUGUACAGACGGACAGAAAAGACCAGUCAGCUGUAGGGUACGACCACCAGGAAAAAUUACAGUUACACGAAUCACAAAAAGAUUAUUCCAAAGGAUUUGGUGGUAAAUUUGGUGUCCAGUCUGAUAGGAAAGAUGAUUCAGCAGGAACAUUUGCUGAUAUGGAGGGUGUUUCUUCAUCAUAUCAGAAGACUAGAGCAGAUUCCAGUUCAGAAGGUGCUAAGAAUUUGAAGGCAAGAUUUGAGAAUUUGGCAGCUAACCAAGAAAGCGAGGCAAGAAAACAGGCCGAGGCUACAAAGUUGAGGAGAAAAGCAAGCGAGGACAGGGAACAUAAGGAGCAGCAAGCCAGAGAACAAGAGCGACUAGAUGCAGAGAGAUGGAAGGAGGAAGAGGACCAGCCUACGUAUGAGGAUACACGUGUGGAAGAUCAGCAAACUACGGAACCGGAGCCAGAACCAGAGCGGGAACCAGUACAGGAACCGGAACAAUCAUACGAGGACCAAUAUGAUCAGCAGCCCGACUUUGAAACUCCAGGCGAUGCAGCAGCAGAAGACACUGGGGUUGAAACAGGAAGUCAGGAUCAGUCAGGAGCUUCUGGUUUAACAGCCAUUGCAUUGUAUGAUUAUCAAGCUACUGCUGAAGAUGAAAUAACAUUUGAUCCAGAUGAUAUUAUCACAAAUAUUGAAAUGAUUGAUGAAGGUUGGUGGAGAGGAACAAUUAACGGACAAAAUGGAUUAUUCCCAGCAAAUUAUGUUGAGUUACAGCAAUAGUAUUAUGUCGAAAUGAACCCAAACUACUAUAUAGAAAGACAAAGUGAUGAAAUUACCCACAAGUGCUCAUUGGCUACCUGUAAUGUAGUUAUUUUGACAUGAACCAUUUGUAAUAUAUAUAUUUAUACAUAAAAUUGCUAUGUGAUUUGUGUAAAUACCAAAUGAAAACAUUUUUAUAAAAAUGGGCCAUCCGAAAUUUACUACAUGUAAUAUUUAUGUAAAGUACAUUUAAAUGUAUGUUAUAAUUAUAUGAGUAUUUGGAUCUUGAACUAGUAUUUAAGUCAAGUAGAUUUUACUAGGUUAGGCAGCCGCAGGCUUAAGCACUAAGUGUGUUAUGUUCUGUUAAAAUCCAUGUAAGCCAAGUACAAGUAUUAUUUGCAGAUACUUGUACAAGAACUUAAUUACUCUCUAACUUCCCGGAUGCAAACUUUAUAUUCAACGGUAAUGUAAUGAAAAUCUGUCGGCAUCAUUGUUCCGUAUCACAACUUGUUCAGUGGCAGCAUGGCGGCCUGGUUAAUGUGUCAGGCUAGAAAUCUAGUGAUCACAAGCCGCAUGGGUUCAAACCCUGUCAGGGGGCAGGGGCAAGUCAUAUUUUUCCUUGAGCAAGAAACUUUACAGUCAUUGCUCAGUACUGGUUAGUUACAGGAACAAAUUCGAAAGUAUGUCUAUAAGCUUAUAGUUAUUAAAUAGGCUACCAGCAAAUUUUGAUUCUCUGGCAAUUGCUUCUAAUGUUAUUUGACCUGACUAUCGUGUUUGAGAGAAUUAUUUGCAUUUGCUUGUAGACAUACACGUACAUGUAUAUAAAGUAAAUAGUUUGCGUUGUUGAACAAAAUCAUUUGAUCCCAUUUUUGGGGGGUUAUUUGUGGCUGUGUAUUAAAUAAAGGAAUGAAAAAUUAAUGGUAACCUUAAAAGUUUCACAAGUUGUUUUUAUAUUAACUAUACACUAGUGUAGAUAGCUGAAAACUGAAAAAAGCAGCUACUUUCUAAAUGCUAUAUGCUUUUUGUAACAUAAGCAUGGGUACAAGUUUUCAGGCAUUCACCUGAAGUUCAACUUUCUUUUUUCCUACUCUCGAAAGCUCUCUUUUUCUAUAUAAAACCAAUUCAAAUAAUACUAAAUUCAGGUUUUCAGUUUUUCUGAUAUUUUAUUUACUUGCACCCAUGCAUUAGAUUAAUUGAAAUCCUGUUAAUUGUAGAUGGGUUUUUUGUUUUUUGUUUUUUUUUAGAAAAUGAAGAAACUUUUAGCCUGCUCUUGUAUUGUUAGUAAUCUUUUAUAUUAGUAUAUUAGUUUACAAGUCAAGAUACCAAUAUGACAAAAAAAGGAAACCUGAUUUUCUGUCUUUCCUUUAUUUGCUACAUGUUUAUUUUUAUGAUCAAAUAUUUGUUGUUUACUUUAUAGUGACUGUUUUUGGUCCAGUAUCAAUUUGUUUACAUUCAUUGCUACAUGUAUUAAUGGGUUAUAGCAGCAUGCCUCCAGAUUCAUGCUAAAUUUUUCAUGAAAAUUUUGAAAAUAUAUUUUUGUCUCAUAUGGAGGCAUGCAGCUUUAAAGAGUUAUCAAGUUUUUUAAUGAUAUGUUAUAGCUUAUAUUGGGAGAACAAUUUGUUUAUAUGUGUAUGUGUUAACAAUUAUUGAUGCCAUACAAACACCACAUGUUAUUCUAUGAUACUGCAUGUUUAAAUUGUUCAUUUUCAUUGCACAAUUAUGUUGUUUAUGUUGUCUUUAUUGUAUACCAGACUGCAGAAAAUUUCAUAAAUUUAUUUUUAAAUAUAAGGAAAUCAUACGGAAUUAUUUUCAGUUUGUAUCAUAGUUUGGGAACCUUUCUAUAGAAAUUAUGUCAGAGUUGGAUUGUAUUCCCAUAAAUGCACAGUACGUUAACUGGAGUGCAGGUAUUAGUUACCCACACUCUAGUUACGGCACUGUCUGUUGGGCAUAAAAAUAGAGCAUGUCUGUUGAUUGGCUCAUUUUUUCUGGGGUUUACUUAUUAUGAUGACAGACAGGGAAAGGGAUAACAAUAGAAAAGUCAUAUUCAGAUGCUCGCACAUUGGACACUUUUUUCUGGGGUUUCAUAUUGUGACGACAGGGAACAUGUAUUUAUUUUGUCAUGCUCCCUGAUACAAAUCAGAUAGCCUCGUGUUUCAAUGCUCUUAAAUCAGAUAGCCUAGUGUUUCAAUGCUCUUUAUAAUAUUUAUUAGAAAAAUAUUUUUCUGACAAGUUGCAUGGUUGUUUGCUAUACAUUGCUUUGUUGUUUGAGUUCAAUAAGUAUAAAGGGUUUAAACUGUCUUUGGAUGAAACUGUUGUUUUAAAGUCUAAGCCAGUAAGUUUAGCCUUAUAGUUUUUAUAAGGCAUUUAUUAUUUAUACAUUUUUGCUAAACAUUUUUGAUAUCAUCUUGAACUAGUAAGAUUUAUAUAACAUAAUACAAGUAUUUUUUUUGUAUUCAAAAUCGACUUUUGAAAUGAGUAAAUUGAUAGAAAGUUUAUGCAGAAUUAUCAAGAUAACCAUUUUAUGUCAAUAAUAUUUAGAGUAACAUUUUUUGACGAAUUUUAAUUGAAGUUUUCAUAUUUACAGAAAUACAUUGAUUGUAUAUUUCUGAAAAAAAAAAUUGAACAAGCAUAUUCUGUGUCAAUUUAUUUUUUUUGAUCAACAGUAAAAAAAAUGGUUCUACAAAACAAGUGUUUUUACUUCAUUUAUAACCAUGUACUUCUUUUGUACUUCAAAGUACCUGUACUUUCUGUUUGGUGUUUUAAGUAGUUAAAUAUAAUUGUGGGAAAUACAUGUAUACAUUGCCUUUGUUAUAAAAUGUUAAGUAUUUUUCUUUUUAGCUAAGUGAAAAAUAAGUACAUUCCAUAACUAACUGAUUUAUAGCACUGAGAAAUGCUAAGGUUAUCAAGUGAUACUAUAGUUUAGUCCAAUAGCCGCGUUGCAUGUUAUUGUAAUAUAAUCUAUAAAUAGUAACAUAGUCUUAAUCCCUGCCAUGCUCAAUGUCUUUAUUGGACUUGUCCAUCUUUCAAUCUGCACAAGACCAUUUAUCAUGUUUGGGGGAAAAUUCAGAAAAAGAUCCCGAUUUAAUAAUAAACAGUGCAGACCAUGAUCAAAUUGCACCAGAGAUGUAGAUAUAGAUAAUGAUAUCAACGUCACUGAUUGGACGUAUGUGUAAGCUGAUUGUGGUUUGCAUGGUCGCCGAUAGUGGUUCGCACGGGUCGCUGAUGGUGGUCUGCAUUGGUCGCUGAUUGUGCUUUGCACAGGUCGUUGAUUGUGGUCUGCACAGGUUGCAUGGGCAAAUUCAAUUGCUGCCAGCAGGGUCAAGGUUAUUGUCAGUAAAUGUCACAAGAAAUUGCAAUACCAAGCCACCCAGCUAUUAUAUACAGCCUGACCUUCUUGGACACUUUAAAGUUUUACAGUGAUUGAAAUCUCUAUUCUUUGUCUUAUUUAUCAAUACAAUUCAAUUAGUGCCAAGAAUACAAGCACCUGUCACUAUCUUUAUCUGGAUAUUUUAACUUGUACCUUUCAAGAAGGAAAUUUUACCUUUCUUGUGAUAAUAGGAAGUUGGCUGUGACUUUUUACAAGUGUAUUUUUCUCAUUACUUUAAUAUUGAAAUACCUUUGAAUUGACAAUGCCCGUUUCUGAUUCAAAGAAGGAGUGUUUCUAUUAGAAAAAAACGUCAGGGUAGGAUUUAAAAAUGUGUUGCCCUAGUGCAAUAACGGAAUAAGUCCUUCUAUUUAAUAGCAGUUUAUCAGUUAUUGCACUAAGGUGACAAUUUAUGUUGUAUAUGAUAAAUUUGUAGGGAGAUUUGACCAUUAUAGUCUCUUUACAUGGGUUUACUGUCCAUGGAGCAAAUUUAGGUUGAAAUGUCCUUGCCAUGUAAUCUGGGACUUAUUGUCCCUUCAUGUAAUGAAUGUGUGUAAAAUUAAGCCAUGUCAUAACAAAACCAACACAGUGGGUUUGCGACCAGCAUGGAAUAGACCAGCCUGUGCAUCCGCGCAGUCUGAUCAGGAUCCAUGCUGUUGGCUGUCAGUUCCUCUACUUGAUAUAGUGUUUGUAAGCUAACAGCAUGGAUCCUGAUCAGACUGUGCGGAUGCGCAGGAUGGUCUGGAUUCAUGCAGGUUCCAAACGCAUUAUAUUGGUUUUGUCAUGACACGGCUCACUAAUCUUAUCAUUUAAUGAUCAAAAGACCAAGUUAAUUGGCUAUAUGCCAUUAGACUUGAUAAAUUGUACUUGGAAACUUGGUUUUAGAAGUUAUCCGCAAAAGUUAGUUGAUUGCUUGGGCUUUUAAUGAUAGUAGUAUUGUCAUGUACAUUGUUUCCCCGCUGAAAUAUAUUGUUUAUAAUGCUCUAUUUUGUGGUUUUAAUUUUCUGUUUCAUUUUCAUACAUAUUGUCAGAAUGGGUUAGAAUGAUGCUUUUGUGAAUUUUAUGAAUUUUUAUAUUAAAAUGCAAAAUUAUAUUAAUAAAAUAAUUAACAAUUGAAA